GGAAAGGAAAGGAAGAGGCCCCCACAGCGUAUUGAGUGCUCAAGUCCAAAUACAGACAAAAGUGAGUUGCUUGCUGCAGUCAUUGCUGUAACGUUCGAAGAGGCAACAGCCAGCCAAGCCAGCUCAAACCUGAAAUGAAAAUGAACAACAAGGUAUACCCAUUGUAGAUUUGAAUUCCCAACAGAUAGAAAAAAGCCAAUUCCCUUUUCCCUCUGCAUUCUGCAAACGUCCUCUUCAUUCUCUCUCUUUAUUUUGGCUGGUCCUUUAAAGAAAGCUCUGGUUUCCUUCCGUCUUUCUCUCUCAGCCAUUUUCUAAACAAACAAACUGCUUUGGCUCAUUGGUGCUUAGCUUUCGUCAUUGUGUUGUUUGUGGUUUUUUGUUUUCCCUCGCAGAAAGAAACAGAGAACAAGUGAAAGCUAAACUAGGCAGCCCCCAAGAAAAGAAUGUUGUCCGAGCUGAAUGGUAGUCCCUGGAUGGAUGACAACACUAACAAGGAGCACCAGCAAAACACUUCAACACCAGCACUCGACGCUACAAACAACAACUUAAUUAUUGAAAGCAACACCUGUGAAUUGGUGAUGGAGACAAAAGAAGAGAUGGGUUUCAAAUCCAUGCUUGAAGUAGGCGAAGAGGAUUGGUACGCUGUGGGUAACAACAACCAGAACAACAACGUCGUCAAAGAGAUGAGCUUUUCCACAGAUGGGCUAUUGCUUCAUCACCACCACCACCACAACCAAGUCGAUUCCUCGUCGUCUUGCUCACCUUCCUCCUCGGUUUUCAACAACAUGGACCCUUCUCAGGUACACUACCUUAUGCAACCCAUCAACAAGCAGCAGCCACUCCACCACUCUUCCUUAUCUUCCUUGCUAGCCAAUGUAGUCUCCAACAACAACCCUUUAGACCAUGGGUUCGAUUUGGGGGAAAUUGGGUUCCUCGACAAUCAUCAAGUUGCAACAGCAACUGGUAACGUUCUAAACAGGGGGAAUGGUGGGUUGUUAUUGGGGGGUUGUGCUGAUUUUGGCUCAGUGAACAACCAGAUGGGGGGUGGUGCUCACAAUUUGCCCCAAUUUGGGAGUAAUCCUCAUCAAAUGCUUCAAUUGCCUGAAACAGGGUUCACAGGGUUUAGAGGGUUUGAGGAGGGGAAUGGGAAUAAUGGGCUGAUUUUGAAUAGGUCUAAGCUGUUGAGGCCACUAGAGAGUUACCCUUCAGUGGGUGCACAGCCGACAUUGUUUCAGAAAAGGGCUGCCUUGAGAAAGAAUCUGGGCGGUGGUGAGGCAGGCAAUUUGGGAGUUUUGGGGGGUGUGACUGAGAGGGACAAAGGGAAGAAGGAAAUGAUUCAAACUAGUGAUGAAGAUAAUCAUGAGAAGAACAGGAGGAUGAUGUUGAGCUCAAAUGGUGGUGAUUCCUUUUUGGAUGAUUUGAGCAUUGAUGGGUCAGUAGGGUUGAAUUAUGACUCCGAUGAGUUCACUGAGAACACCACUAAGUUGGACGAGAUUUGCAAAGCCGGCGGUGGAGGGUUGAGCUCCAAUGCUAACAGUGGUGUCACCGGGGGUGCUCCGGAUCAGAAGGGGAAGAAGAAGGGACUUCCUGCUAAGAAUUUGAUGGCCGAAAGGAGGCGCAGGAAGAAGCUCAAUGAUAGGCUGUACAUGCUGAGGUCUGUUGUUCCAAAGAUCAGCAAAAUGGACAGAGCUUCGAUCCUUGGCGAUGCGAUUGAGUAUCUGAAGGAGCUUCUGCAGAGGAUCAAUGACCUUCACAAUGAACUGGAAUCAACUCCUCCAGGGUCCUCUUCUUUGACACCCACAGCCACAACUGCAUUUCAUCCACUGACCCCGACCCCGUCGGCGCUGUCCAGCCACAUGAAAGACAAACUCUGCCCGAGCCCUCUGCCAAGUCCGAAUGGACAAGCUGCGAGGGUUGAAGUGAGAGUGAGAGAAGGGAGAGCUGUGAACAUCCACAUGUUCUGUGGGCGGAGGCCGGGGCUUCUGCUGUCCACAAUGAAGGCCUUGGACGACCUUGGGCUGGACAUACAGCAAGCAGUGAUUAGCUGCUUCAACGGCUUUGCCAUGGACAUCUUCCGAGCCGAGCAAUGCAAGGAAGGUCAGGACGUGCACCCAGAGGAAAUCAAAGCCGUUCUUCUGGAUUCGGCCGGUGGGUUCCAAGGAAUGAUUUAGGUUCUUUUGCUUUUGGCGUAGUAGGUGGUCAGCCCUAGAUUUGGCUCCAGUUAGCAAAGAAAGAAAAGAGGGAAAAUAGCACCUGUUAGAUGGAUGAGGUAGAACUAGGCAAUUGGGGUUUGAGGGGGUUUGUAUGUUAUGGUUUCAGGAAGUAUUGGAUUCAGAGAUCCCUGCUUUGGUUCGGAGAAGUCUCUGAGUUAGUUUCUCUUUUUAGAACUUUCCCUCAUCAGAUUUCAUUAUAAUGCUGACGUGACCGCAGAGUGCCAUGCAAAUUGCAAAUGAUGCACUCUUGCUAAGUUAAUCGGUAAACUCUGUUCUUUAUUACUAUUUUAUUAUUAUUUUCCCGCGGAAAGUUAGGGGUGGAAAAUAAUGAGGUCCGGACUAGAUUGGAAUAUAUAUACGGUCUAAGGUCUAGACUGAGAGGUUAGAAGACAAAUCAUAUAUUAUAUGAUUCAUAUUAGACUAUGUAUGUACGUUGUAGUCUGGUACAAUCUGAAAAUAGAAAACUUUAGUGAUCAAUAUCCUAGUGAAACAAAAUUUUAGUGACUGUAAUUAACCUACGAGGAAAUAUAAGGACUUUUUUUUAUUUCUUACUCCCACUCUAGUCUCCAGUACUCUAUUCAGUAUCCACUUAAAAUAAAC